UCCUCUGCCAAAUAACGCGGUCUUGGCUUUGUCGCGUUCUCUUGGAAAAUGAGUCUCUGGUUGUGCGUAUCGUGAUUUAAAUAUAAUUAUAGGUUUCGGUAAACGAGAUUAUAUUUUUCAAAAGAUGUCCAUAAAAUCGUGUCUGGAGUCUCUGGCUGAGUCGCAGGGCGCUGAAGUCAGGAGUGUAAUUAUUUUCUUUGCUUUUUUUUAGAGCGACGUUUCGUUUCAUCUUUUCUGGGAUGGAGAUUUCCUCUCACCAGUUUCACCUCUUGCAGCAACUGAAUGAGCAGCGCAGGCAGGACCUGUUCUGUGACUGCAACAUCCUGGUGGAGGGAAAGGUCUUCAAAGCCCAUCGCAAUGUGCUGUUUGCCAGCAGCGGCUACUUCAAAAUGCUCCUUUCACAGAGCUCGAAGGAGACGAGUCAGUCCACGACAGCCACCUUCCAGGCCUUUUCUCCUGACACCUUCACGGUCAUCCUGGAUUUCGUGUAUUCAGGCAAACUGUCUCUCACUGGUCAGAAUGUCAUCGAGGUCAUGUCGGCCGCCAGCUACCUGCAGAUGACCGACGUUAUCAGCGUGUGUAAAACCUUCAUCAAGUCCUCGCUGGACAUCAGCGAGAAGGAGAAGGAUCGUUACUUCAGCCUCUCGGACAAAGAUGUGAGUUCCAACGGCGUGGACCGAUCCUGCGCCUACAGCGGGGGCUGGAGGGCGGAGAGCAGCCCCCCCCAUUCCCACUCCAGCCCAGACCCGGGGACUUGUAUGAUGGGCGGGAACACUUGGAGCAACUUCAACUACUACCCGGCUUCUCAGAGGAACGCCCAGCAGCAGCUGUCCAAACACGAGCAGCGGCAGGAUUCCGUCAAGAAAUCCCGGCACCUGGGGCUGCAGCAGCCCUCGGACAUCCCCCACUAUAAAUCCAGCAAGCUGGAGGACAGGGCUGCCGAGCCCGCCGGCCACCCCGCGCCGCCCGAGGAGCAGGUUCACAUCGACGCGGAGGUUGAGACUCCUCACGUGGGCUACCAGUACGGCCAGGGCUCCGAGGGGAUGCCGAGGGGCUUGGCUGUGUCCCAGCAGGAGCACGAGUCGCCCCGUCCCUCCGGCAAAUCCAAGUCCUCCAAGGCUGACGAGCAGUACGGGAACAUGCCCUCCAUCCUCGGGGUCAUGGGGAACUGGGCCGAAGAUGACCUGUCCAGGAUGAGGUUCAAGUGCCCGUUCUGCAGCCACGUGGUGAAAAGAAAAGCCGACCUGAAGCGUCACCUUCGCUGUCACACAGGAGAGCGCCCGUACCCCUGUGAGGCCUGUGGGAAGAGGUUCAGCAGGCUGGAUCACCUCAGCAGCCAUUUUCGAACAAUCCACCAGGCCUGCAAGCCCAUCUGCAGGAAGUGCAAGCGGCACGUGACGGAGCUGACGGGGCAGGUGGUGCAGGAGGGGACGCGCCGGUACAGACUGUGCAACGAGUGCCUGGCCGAGGCCGGCAUAGACAGUAUCCGCAUUGACUUGGAGACUGAGGCGCCCCUGGAAUUCCCACAGGACGGGGACAAGGAUUCCAGGUGGCACUACGGCGAGGACAACAGGUCUGACGUGGAGAUAGUGGAGGACGGGUCGACCGACCUGGUCAUCCAGCAGGUCGACGACAGCGAGGACGAGGCGGAGGAGAAGGAUGUGAAACCAAAUAUUAGGUAGCUGCCAAGAGGAGAAUCGGGAAUCCCGUGGGAAGAGGGAGAAUGUACUGACCACACACACCCUCCACCAGCUGUUGUUAAUCCUGCAGAGACACGUGGUUGAACAGGUCCAGGCUUGCAUGUAUUUAUGGACGCGCCGCUGAGUCCGGUCUGGUUUGUUCUCUGAACCCUCCAAUACUUUGCUUCGUGAGAAAGAAUCCAUCCUUAAAUAGUGGAUGAAGGAGGAAACUGCAGUAUUCCAUGGAUAACUGUUUAUAGCAGACAGUGGGGCACGUCUCAAAGCCUUUUUUUUCAAGGGAGUGAGGUCUAAAUAUUUUAAAACAGUCGCAGAGUGUCGUGAAUUGCCCACUUUUUACACUUGUAGGGAUGUGGGGUUUAUGUCAUGGGGUGAUAAACAAAGUGUAAAGACCCCCCCAAACCAGGCAACCUCGCUUCAGUAUUCAUAAGGGAAGAGAAUCUUCCAUGAAAUUCCAUGUUAUUCUUCGUAAGGAAAAAGGCAGCUAAUUAAGAAAGAGCAUGUAAAAUGUUUUGGCACUUUUGUCUGGAAAAGGACUCCUGUAAAAUUUAUUACAAUAAGGCAAAUCUUUAGCAGAUCACUCACCCAAGACCUGUUUCUUUACAAGAAAAUAAGCACAGGAAUGCCAGUCCUAGUCAACACAUCCGAGACAAAUUAAUUAUAAAUAUGGAUCGUUAAUUGAUGCCAGGAGAUGUUUCGUUCUCAAAAUUGGGCUCUCAGACUGGGCUGUUUUAAUAAACACUAAUAAAAUACUCUCUUUUGUUAAAAAACCUCUCAAAAGUGCCAGACAGGGUGGGGUUGUUGGGGUUGUCCUGGGCAGGGCCAGGAGUUGGACUUGGCUGAUCCUUGUGGGUCCUUUCCCACUCAGGAUAUUCCAUCCUGUGACCCUUCUCCAGCCUGUACAAUGUGAGAACAAGAUGUACUGGAAGUUGUAGGCAUCACAUUUGUGUAAUUUCACCUACAAUUAGGCUACAAGAGGUCGGGAAGGAUGAAGAAAUUUGACUUCUCUAACAAAAUAAGCCACUUUGUCGUGUUGCUCAGUGAGUUUAUCUUACCCAGCACUGUAAACGGGAGAGAAGCAGAAGGUGCUCCCAGGGUGCUGCUACUCUGCAUUUUUUGGACAGACCUGAGUGUUAUUCCAGUUCUUCAUCCCAGGAUCAUGGGACUCAAUGGCUGUAAGACUUAGAAAACUCCAAUUUGUUUCUUUUUUUACAGCUUUGUAAGCAUGUUUGGCUGAACCCCGGGGUUUAUUACAGAACAAUCCCAUAUGUAUAUAUAUAUAUACACUAUAUAAUCUUUCCCAGGGACAGCUGAAAAAAAAAUCACUAUUUUAUUUUUAUUCGUGUAAAAACUGUAUAACCUUAUUAGUAUCAUCAUGACCAGAGGUUUUUUUUUUAGUACCGUCAUUCCAAGCUGCAGGUGACCAGCCCAAGGUUUCUUAAAUGAUAACUCAAGUGCUUCCUGCCAAGUUCAGUGUAAGCACCAAGCACCCUCCCCUCAGACAGUCCAGGCUGGUGGGAAUCAUCCUGCUUGGAUGUCCCAAGGAAACAAGAAAUGGUUAUUUUAUCAUUCCUACAAAAAUCACCAUCACUGGCUUAGGAUUUGGAGGGGAGAACUUACAAAACUUUCUGAUGGCCACCAUGAAAACAUCUUUACAAACAAGACUUACACUGGGCCUCGAUUUUAUUUGAUGCUUGGUCAGCAGCCCAGAAAUGGACUCGGUGGGAAAACAGACAUUUAAUUUUCUUGGAGCUUUUUUUUUUUUUUUACUCCUGAAAUGCCUGUUAUUAAACGGCUCAGAAAUAUUCCUGAGCAACCUGAACUAGAUCAGAGAACAAGAAAAUCUAUCAAAGAAUAUGGAGAGACUUGGAUCAAAUUCCAAGAUGUUUCCCUUUACAUUAAGCAGUAUGACAAUAAAUUCCAGGUAUCAGUGCCUGCUGUCCCAGGAUACAAAGUGACUGGGCUUAGUCUGUGUGUGUUUGGGAUGGAUUAAGGGGAGGGGAAAAUAAAGUGUCUCUCUAGGCCUGAAAUCUUAACUGCCAACUGCAAAGGUCAGACUAUUAAACGUUUCUUGAUAGUGGGGGUGUUUUUAGAAGCAGAGGGAUUUUUGGAUCAAUACUCAAUUUAAUUAGACGCCAUAAAUCUAAGAAUACUGAGGACCAGAUGCUUCAGAACAAGACCUGAAGUGGCUCUAAAUGGGCAAGUGGAACAGUCUAUCCACAGGAAGACAAAUUAAUUUUUACACAGGGGCAGAUAAAUCGUUGAUUUGCCGGGCAAACAAGGGCUUUUACUGGUUUUAUAUGUGGAUGUUAUUCUCAGUAGCAUAACUAGGUAUCUGUAGUCAUUUUUAAAGUAUCUUAUUAAGCUUGGAGUUUUAGCUCAAGACUGCGAUUCCCACAGGUCAAUUACGUUUUUAUAUUUUUUGAAAGUUACCAUUUUUGCAUUUGUUGCCUUAAUUUUGGUUGUUGUUUCCUUAUUUUUGUAUUGCAAGACGAGAUAAAUGUUAAGUGCCUUCUGUU